AUGAUUUUAUCUGUACAGAUAAAACUGUUCAGUCGAAUCGUACAGUUAGGCCGUAGACGACGUAAACGUGCUCUAAAAAAAAGAAAACUUGAAGAUGGUGUACCAUUGAAUACUAGCAUCGAAAAGGAGGAUGAUCCUGUUGCAAGUACAAGUGUUGUAAGUAAAGUGGUGCAGGAAAAUAAACAACCUACUCCUAUUUUAGUCCGUAAGUACCUUGAUAACUAUUUGAGCUUUGGUUUUACAUUUAAUGGUCCUGAAAACCGUCCUGUACCACAAUGUAUCGUGUGUGGAGAAAAACUCAGCAACGAAUCCAUGGUCCCUAGUAAAUUGAAAAGGCAUUUAAGUAGUAAACAUAGCCAUUUACUUGGAAAAGAUAAAAAUUACUUCAGUCUACUGUUGUCAUCGGAAGAAAAACAAGCAAAAACCAUGGUACGUAGAGCUACUAUUAGUGAGAAAGCACUAUUGGCCAGUUAUAAAGUGUCUGAAAUAGUAGCCAAACGAAUGCAGCCUCACACUAUCGCAGAAGACGUCAUUUUACCGGCCUGCAAAGAAAUAGUUAAAUCUAUGCUGGGUGACAAUGCAGAGAAGGAAAUAUCUUUGGUUCCAUUGUCAAACGAUACAGUAUCAAGGCGUAUUGGUGACAUGUCUUCAGACAUCCAAUGCCAUGUACGUGAAAAGUUAAGUGACAGUAGAUUAUUUGCACUGCAGCUCGAUGAGUCAACUGAUAUAAGUAAGAAAUGUCAAUUACUAAGCUAUAUCAGAUUCAUUGAUGACGACUCAGUUAUCGAACAAUUUCUGGCAUGUUCUGAACUACCCACAACGUCAACUGGAGCAGACGUGUAUGAUUCAAUGUCCAAUACUUUAACAGACAAUGGGCUAUCUUGGAAAAACUGUCUUACUGUUUGUACUGACGGUGCACCUGCUAUGACAGGAAAAUUCAAAGGAUUUGUUGCUAAAGUUAAACAAAAUUUUCCGAAUGUGGGCUCAACACAUUGCUUUAUACACCGCGAGGCCCUAAUGACAAGACUUCUCAAAGAAAUGUGUCGUGAAGCGGGAUCUAAACAUGAUACUCUGGUUCUUCAUACAGAGAUACGCUGGUUGUCGAAAGGUAAAGUCCUGCAGAAAUUUUAUGAGCUUAAAAACGAGCUGUCAAAACUCUUUAGCAUUGAAAAACCAGACUUUGCUGCGUAUUUGAACGACACAGAGUGGUGUGCCAAAGUAGCUUACUUGGCUGAUAUAUUUUAUCAUUUAAACUGCUUAAAUGAAAGUAUGCAAGGAAAAGAAGAAAAUGUCCUGACCUCAAGUGAUAAAUUGAAAGGGUUCUUAAAGAAACUACAAGUUUGGAAACGGCAUGUAGAAAAUAAAAGUUUAAAGAUGUUUCCUUUAACUUUUGAUAUAGAUCCUCAGGGGGACAUAACCACUCAACUAGUUUUAAAUCACCUUACAGAUCUUGAGGACAGCAUGGCACAGUAUUUUCCCCAUAUCUCAGUUGAAAAGUAUGAUUGGGUGCGCAAUCCUUACGCUACUUCGUCAGAAUCAACAGCUGACCUAUCUCUUGAGAAAGAAGAACAGCUGGCAGAAAUUCAGGAGGAUAGAACACUACGACUGAAAUAUAAUGAAUCACCACUAAUUAGAUUUUGGAUGUAUGCAAAGACAGAAUAUCCAGUAAUAGCAGUUGAAGCAAUCAACAUUUUGUUACACUUUUCAACCACCUACUUGUGCGAGUUAGGCUUUUCGGCACUUACAAACAUAAAAAACAAAAAACGGGAGAGACUUCUUUCCGUUGAUCAGGAAAUGCGUGUCUGCUUGUCUUCAAUUCGACCACGUAUUGAACUUUUGUGUACGAAACGACAAGCUCAAGUUUCUCACUAG